AUGGGAAGAGGUUGCCAAGAUAUCAACAGAGCCAAUAAAUCUUUGAAAUUGUGCGGAAGUUCUGCGGAAAUGAAUCCGAUGCGGAAUGUCUCCACACCUGAUCGUCCACUUCAGCAGUAUCCAGCAAAUAGUUAUGGGAGGCAAAAUAGCGUUAUGAAUGGUUUGCCAGGAUCCAGCAAACCAGAUUGGAGAAAAGGUGAAAUGAUAACCCCACAGCCAUUUUGGGAAGGUCCUAUGAACAUGCCACCAUAUAUGAUGAAUUCUGGAAGAUGGACAUCUCGGUCAAGCGAAAUCGAUUCGGGUAUGAACGGGGACGGUGUUGGCUGGCAAGGACAAGGGCAACACGGCGGAGGCCGCGGCGGUGGCGGAAAUUAUAUGGGUGGCGGGCGCCGCGGGAUGCAUCAACAAAAUCGAAUGCAGUCACAGCACCACAAUGCCGGAGGGCAUCCGCAUCGAAUGAUGAACCCAAAUUUUCGUCCACCUCCGCAACCUCAGCAACCACCAUUCGUGUACGGUGUUCAAGACAUGAUGGACUUGAAUAUGAUGCGGAUGAAUGAAUUGUCAUUGAACGGUGUGCCUCCUCCACAAGUAGUACCGCCUCAGCAAAAUGGACUUUACGGGGAACUUGGACCUCAGGCCAAUUGGGGUAAUCAACCACAACCUUUCGUAUCUCAGGAAGAGAUAUAUGAGCAUGUGCCUCCGUUUGGAGCGCCGCCUACGCCGCACAGCGGAAUGCCAUCUUACGGUAACAACCAACGCGGUGGGUUCAAUCGCGGAAUGGGCAAUCAGCGACAGAACAACUAUGCGCCACGUGGUGGUUUUCCACCGAUGCCCAUGGGUAUGCCGCAUCAAAUGCCGCCGCAACAACAACAACCGGGACAAUUCUUUGGAGCUCCUCAGUUCCCUCAACCGUUUCCAAACAAUCAACCAAUGCCGAUGCAUGAAAACAUGGCUGGACCUAAUCGACCAAAUGCUUCAACAAUGGACGAUUAUGCCAUGUGGACUGAUGAGAACGACGAGGAGGCCAAAAAGAAGAAGAUUCUUCGUGAUAAAGGGCUAAUUGCUUGGGGCGAUGCUGAAACUUCGAACAGCAAGCCAAUCCGUAAGUGGAUUGUUCCGGAAGGUCAAGAAGAAGACAUUGAAACCGCGUUGGCACGUUGCCCUCAGUUUCAAAAGAAGAAGUCGAACCAUGAAGAACAGAUUCGGCGACGACUUGGAGCUGAUAAUCCGCAAGCGGCUGCUCAAGCCCAACAACAACUUGAAGAAGAGCGAACUUCCGUUAUCAAAGUCGGAAAACGGCCAAUUGUUGCUUGUGGAUGGGGAGAUUUACCAGCGGAUAUGGCUGAGAAAAAUGAUGCUGAUGCCGCUAUCGCGAGAGUAUGGGACGAUGUGCCAAAUUCGAACAACGGCCCGAAACCCGAUGAUCAAGGGGGUCUUCCUUGGAACCUUCCUGGAAUUCCUCCUGGACAACCAUCAUCAUCAUCAUCUGAUUCCCACCGUAACCCAUUCUUUGCUCAACACAUGCAGCAGCAACAGUUCCAAGGAAACCAGGGAAUCUUCAUGGAUAACGCUGGUGGUGAUGGUGUUUGGUCCAACAUGGGAGGAAUUGAUGGAACAGCAAUGCCAGUUCCGAACCCGAUAAUGGGACCAUCUCAUUUGGGAAUGGUUCCAGCGCAGCCGGGAGUUCCUGAGAUUUCAGAAGAGAACCGUUUGAAGGUUGCGGAAAAUUUGAGAUAUGCUGUUGAAAAAGGACAUUUGGAUAUCAGCCUAAUGACUCUUCCGUAUUUCCCGCCAGCCGCUUUGGAUCUUCUUACCAUAAUUCUUACAAAGAUACCUAUUUUGGAUGCAUAUCAAAUGGAACUUCAGAAAUUGGUUGAAACCAAUCGCCCUCCAGAUCUUCCACCAAAUGCUGACCCAAACACGUGGUUAACCGAAUCUCAAAAGAUUGAAUAUGAUAAGCUCGUGAUCGCUGUAGUAACUGCAAAAAUAGAGGUUUCCGAUUAUUCGAAGAAAAUAAACCGAGCAUUAAUUGAUGCGGGAAUAAUGCCGAAAAAUCCGCCAGGCCCAGGUUAUCAAAAUGGCGCGCAAGCAGCGCCUGGAAAUGAGUCGGGACUUCAAAAUCGAAGUGGAGACGGAUUUGAAAACGGACCACCUGAUCAUUGCGAUUAUUAUGAUUAUUCCUUCCUGGGUUGA